UUGGCUAUUUAUCAACCUACUGCUUGGGUUACAUAUAACAUUAAUCACUUGACUAAUUAUCAACCUACUGCUUGGACUACUGCUUGGGUUACAUAUAACAUUAAUCAGUUGACUAUUUAUCAGCCUACCACUUGGGUUACAUCUAACACUACUCAAUUGACUAUUUAUCAGACUACACCUUGGGUUACAUAUAACACUACUCAAUUGACUAUUUAUCAGACUACCGCUUGGCUUCCAGUGGCUGUUGAAAGAACCUAUUUUUCUCUCGCUGAUCUUCUUAAGAACAGCGAUUUGGAACCGCUCGUGCCACGUUAUUCUCUUAUAGAAGAACAUUUUUGGUAUACUCAAGAUCCAGAGUUGAUGACGUUGGCUCAACGUAUGCGACAAUUACCUGAUAGCUACGUAGCGAACGACGACGUCCACACGGAUGAGGUAUUAGAAAGAGUGGAGUUUGGUAAGAAAGUCCUCUUCACGUUUUAUUCUGAGAUACUGAACGCCAUGUCGGAACGCUACGCCCGGAAAAAGACUUGUAGUUUCGUCAUCUCCAAGAACCGAUACUUCCCUAUGGUAUUCUCUUUCGCAUUGGCUAAACACUUACCCAAGUGUUUUUACGAUAAAGUUAAAUUUAGAACAGAAGCUGCCUUUAACAACCUGCUGAUCGACCGCUGGCUGGAGUACCACACCAGAAACUACACCAAAUGUCUUGGAAGUCAAUCCAACGAAAAAUCUCCGCUAACCCUAAAUGAUUUACAAGCUGUUUUUACAUGGUGGAUCGCAGGGAUAUCAGCUGCCUUCUUUGUGAUGUGCAUCGAGUUUGGAUGGGCGAAAAUAAAAAAACUGACAGUAUGCUGUUACAAGCAGUAAUUGGAAGGAGACACAAGACAGUAGUUUGUAUCACGGAAUUUACAUGUCAGCAACUACGAUUUCAAGUUUCACUACUUUCUGGAACGCAAUUACGUGCACAAUGUAAAACAGUACUUAAUAUACAGUAACUAGUCAAAAAAAAAGUAUUUUCUAACAUUUGUUUUAUAAUUUUCGUGCAAAGCUACAUA